CAGAAGAAGAAGAAGAAGAAGCAGAAGCAGAAGAUGAAGAAGAAGAACAACUGCAACAACAUGAAUACCACCCGUCCAGAACCAGAAGUCAUUAGACACUCCAUCACCUUUGUGCUGCUGGAUACCACAUCUGUGCUUGGAGAGCUUGGAUGGAAGACAUAUCCUAUGAACGGGUGGGAUGCCAUCACAGAAAUGGAUGAGCACAACCGACCCAUCCAUACCUUCCAGGUUUGCCAUGUGAUGGAACCCAACCAGAACAACUGGCUUCGCUCCAACUGGAUCUCCCGUCAGGCCGCCCAGAAAAUCUACGUGGAGCUUCGCUUCACCCUGCGCGACUGCAACUCCAUCCCGUGGGUGUCAGGCACCUGCAAGGAGACCUUCAACCUCUUCUACCAUGAGACUGAUGAGGCCCACGGCGUCAAGUUCAAGCCCUCUCAGUACACCAAGAUCGACACCAUCGCCGCCGAUGAGAGCUUCACCCAGAUGGACCUCGGCGACCGCAUCCUCAAGCUCAACACGGAGGUGCGCGAGGUGGGGCCCAUGACCAAGAAGGGCUUCUACCUGGCGUUUCAGGACAUUGGUGCCUGCAUCGCGUUGGUCUCAGUAAGGGUUUACUACAAGAAAUGCCCUUUCACGUUGAGGAACCUGGCUUCCUUCCCAGACACAGUGCCUCGCGUGGACUCUUCCUCACUGGUGGAAGUGAGGGGCGCCUGCGUUGACCAUGCCGAGGAACGGGACACACCCAAACUGUACUGUGGAGCCGAUGGCGAUUGGUUGGUUCCUCUGGGAAAGUGUGUCUGCAGCAUCGGGUAUGAGGAGAUUGACGGUUCCUGUGUUGCGUGCCACCCGGGCUUCUACAAGGCGUUUGCUGGGAACAUCAAGUGUUCAAAGUGUCCUCCGCAUAGUUUUAGCUAUGGAGAGGGGGCUGCUAUCUGCCGCUGUGAGAAGGGCUUCUUCAGGGCUGAGAAAGACCCUCCAACUAUGGCUUGUACACGUCCUCCAUCCCCUCCCCGUAAUCUGAUGUUCAAUCUUAAUGACACCUGUCUGAUGCUGGAGUGGUCGCCUCCCAGCGACAACGGGGGCCGCCGCGACCUUACCUAUAAUGUCCAGUGCAAGCGCUGCGGGCCUGAGCCUGACCAAUGCCAUCUUUGUGAGGAGGAGCUGCGUUUCCUGCCGCGGCCCCUGGGUCUCACCAACGCCACCGUCACCGUCAUGGACUUCUCAGCCCACGCAAACUACACCUUUGAGAUUGAGUCACUCAACGGUGUGUCAGACUUGAGCUCCUUCCCUCGUCAGGUGGCCGCCAUCACUGUCAGCACCGACCAAGGCGGUCCGUCUCUGGUGGGGGCGCUGAAGAAGGACUGGGCCUCUCCCAACAGUAUCGCCCUCUCCUGGCAGGAACCGGAACAAACAGCACUGCCCAUCCUUGACUACGAGAUCAAAUAUUACGAGAAGGAACAUGAGCAGUUGAGCUACUCGUCCACACGAACCAAGGCUCCCAGUGUGAUCAUCACAGGUUUGAAACCGGCGACGUGGUACGUCUUCAGCUUACGCACCCGCACACCGGCUGGACACAGCUCCUACUCCCCGAAAUACGAAUAUGAAACCACUGGAGAUUCGUCAGACAUGGCCUCCGAUCAAGGGCAGGUGUUGGUCAUCGUCACAGCGGCAGUGGGCGGCUUCACCCUCCUCAUCAUCCUCACUCUCUUCUUCCUCAUCACUGGACGGUGUCAGUGGUACAUCAAGGCCAAGAUGAGCUCAGAGGAGAAGAGGCGGACCAACUAUCAGAAUGGACACGUCCCAUUCCCUGGGAUAAAGACCUACGUGGACCCCGAUACUUAUGAAGACCCCACCCAGGCCAUUCACGAGUUCACCAAGGAGAUCGACCCUUCCCGGAUACGCAUCGAGAGAGUAAUCGGAGCCGGUGAGUUUGGCGAGGUGUGCAGUGGUCGCCUGCGCACUCCAGGGAAGAAGGAGAUCGCCGUGGCCAUAAAGACGUUAAAGGGCGGCUAUGUGGAGCGGCAGAGGCGGGACUUCCUGCGAGAGGCGUCAAUCAUGGGCCAGUUUGACCACCCCAACAUCAUCAGGCUGGAGGGCGUGGUCACGAAAAGCAGGCCCGUGAUGAUUGUGGUGGAAUACAUGGAGAACGGAUCGCUGGAUUCAUUCCUGAGGCAACAUGAUGGUCACUUCACAGUCAUCCAGCUGGUUGGCAUGCUGCGUGGCAUCGCCUCAGGCAUGAAGUACCUGUCAGACAUGGGCUACGUUCACCGAGACCUGGCAGCUCGAAACAUCCUGGUCAACAGCAACCUGGUGUGUAAGGUGUCCGACUUCGGCCUGUCCCGAGUCCUGGAGGACGACCCGGAGGCUGCCUACACCACAACGGGUGGUAAGAUCCCUAUCCGGUGGACGGCUCCUGAGGCCAUCUCAUACAGGAAGUUCUCCUCAGCGAGUGAUGCGUGGAGUUACGGUAUCGUCAUGUGGGAAGUGAUGUCUUAUGGGGAGCGGCCAUAUUGGGAGAUGUCCAAUCAGGAUGUGAUUCUGUCUAUUGAAGAGGGCUACCGGCUGCCAGCGCCAAUGGGCUGCCCCGUGGCUCUGCACCAGCUGAUGCUGCACUGUUGGCAGAAGGAGAGGAGUCAUCGGCCCAAGUUCACCGAUGUGGUUUCCUUUCUGGAUAAACUGAUUCGCAACCCCAGCAGCUUGCUGCCGCUGGUAGAGGACAUACAGAGUUUACCAGAGUCUCCAGGGGAGGUAAUGGACUACCCGAUGUUCAUAUCCAUCGGCGACUGGCUGGACUCCAUUAAGAUGAGCCAGUAUAAGAGCAAUUUUAUGGCAGCAGGCUUCAACACAUUGGAUUCUGUGGCCAGGAUGAGUAUCGAAGAUGUCAGGCGUAUCGGGGUGGAGCUGAUCGGCCACCAGAGGCGGAUCAUCAGCAGCGUACAGACCCUUCGCCUCCAGCUACUGCACGAACAGGAGAAGGGCUUCCAUGUAUGAGAGCGCCCAUCAGCACAACAUGGGACGUGUGGAUAGAUGGACCAGAUGGAAGUGAAGUGUAGACCGCAGGACAGACAGUCUACAGCCUGUGCCUCAGUUUUCACCCCUCAUGCAGACAGACAGACGGAAGGACGGUCUGUUUUAACCAGGAGGUCACUGGACGGAUGACCACAGCAGACUGCCCCCUGGUGUCCCACCCACCCAAUAGCAACAGAGACUGUUUUCUACUAUAUGCCCUCCCUUCCCUCGCCCCAUAGACUUGCUUCUGCCAGACAAUUACAACACAGCCCGCUAGACUCUUUUAAGACUGGCCCCAGCCCUCAAUAAGGGGAAUGUAAUGCCUUGUUGCAGCAGCAGUACUUUCUAUAUGGAGCAACAAUACCUAGAGAUGUAGAUUUGCAAACGUAAUCUACUCUUUCUUUUGUUUAUUCUUUUCUCUCUCCAUGUUUUGUGCUCAUGUAGCUGCUAUCGGGUGUGCAAUCGAAAAGGUCCUCAAAGUUUUUUUGUUUUAUUUUGUUUGUUUUUUUCAGAGUUUGAUAAACUUAUCAUGAAGAUAUUAUUCGAGUUAUUUUAUUCAGCCUCUCUCCAGAGAAUCUGGUUUGCUAAUACUUGAAGAAAGAACUCAGAAGCCAGUCUUGAGGAUUUCUUGAAUGUUUUAAAAAUGUAUAGACGAUUUAUCGAUAAUUAUUAUCAUAACCUAAUAUCUAUCUAUGUGCAGUCCUGUAUGUGAACGCCCUAGUAAAUCUGGAUCUUAUUUAAAGUUUUAUUUAUUUAUAAAUUCUAUCCAAAUCAGCAAUACAGUAUUAUGCAGUCACCUCAGUAUCUCAAAGAGGAGAGUUUAUGAAUCAUGAAAAGAGAAAACUCUUAUGGGCAUAUGACAUUAAGAUCACACGACACCAUUCACCUCUGUCGGUACUGUCACGUGCAGACCUGGAUCAGUUGCCUUCAGAUGAAUAACCAUAUAAGUCUACAACCAGUGUGAAUGUUAAACAUUGCCUGAAAAAAAUCAACCUCCACUGUCUUUAAUAACUAUGAAUGUUCACAAAGCCUAGUCUUUUAGAUGAUGAUAUUUAAAACUGUCAUUCGUCUGAAAACUGAAAAUCGGCUUAUAUGGUUCUUCAGGAUACUGAAUAACCAUACUGUUUCCUCACGCCUACCCGUACAGCGAGAUCGGUGGCGGUUUGCACGGGACGACUCACAUAACCAGACAUGCCGGAGGAGAUCGAUCCAGAUGCAAAGUAGAUGAAUGGAAUUUCACCCCAGUCUCAACUUACAGUGACCAUAUAAAGGUUUCAGCAUUUGUGGCAAUAUGGGAAAUCGGUGUACAUAAAUGUAGUCUGAAAUGAAAAGCGUUGGAUUUACAGUAGUCGAUGUCAUGAUGUCAGAUGUUCGCCAUUGAGAUCAACAUUUUUUCCCCGUCUCUUAAUCAAUGGUGAAUAGGCAGUGCUACAGAAGAUAUGUAACUAGUUAUCAGAGUUGGAGGCAGCAGCAGUAGCGAGACACUGGUGGAUGAAAACUGGUGAGAAAAGGCCAUUAGUCAUACUGGUGCGUGUGCAGUACAGCAGGAAGAGAAGGAGAGAAAGAGAGAGAGAACUAAAAUACAGAGCAGCAUCGUAACCCAUCAUAACUCAUUAUAACUUCAACAGUUAUACACACACACACACAUACACACUCACACACACACAAACACACACACAGAUUGCCUUACAAUCCAGUUAGCCAGUGUAGAAACACUUGAGGGUUAGGACAAAGUUUAAUAAUCCAUGGGGCCUUGAAUCCCAGGGCCUUGCCUUUGGUUUGAGUUGUGUUUCAUAUUCAAGAGAAUGGAGGCCCUGCAAAGCUGUGGGUUUAUCGCAGUCCAGGGCUUAAAUGUUUUCUUGGAUCAGAGGGCACACUGGAUCUAGAGAUCUUUGACUUCAGUCGCAGCAUAGGCUACAAACAGAAAACCUAUGGUUCUAAAAUGGUUCUUUUUUUAAAAGACUGUGUGGUUCCUUGAGGGCCCAUCCACUUCUAAAGAACCACUGUAUUUAGUGGAUGGUUCUUCAUUUUAACUGGUUACUUCCACCAAAAGCUGUUUUGAAAAAGCCCUUAAAGAGAACUUUUGUUUAAGUUUGUGGAAGAACCAAUUCUGGUUCCUCCAAGAACUUUUUAUGGGCACUUGAGCCUUCUUUUUUUCUUUUUUUUUUUUUUUUUUAAAUAACCAUCAAAUGGAAGGUUGUUUGUGGAACUUGUUUUCCUAUAACACCACAAGGAAGAACCAUUUUUAGUUCUGUUUUGCUGGUUCUUCAGGUAAUUGUUUUUAUGGCUUUUUGCUGCACCUUUGAAUCAUUUAAAUAAAUGGUUCUUCAAAGAGUCAUGGCCUGAAAGCUUCUUUGUGGAACCAGAAACAGUUCUCAUACGGAAUCACUCUGAAGAACCAUUCUAGGUCCCAGUUGGCACCUUUACUUUUCUGUGUGUACUUAAUUAUCCAGGGCCUCAGGAGUAGGAAGGAUGCAUGUACAUGCACAUACACAUGCGCGCGCACACACACACACACACACAAACACACACACACUCACAAACAGCCAGUCACAUUCACCACCCCUCUGCAGCGUAUGGAGAAUAUGAGAUGCUGUUUGUUUAGCAUGUCCUACUGCUGAGCAAUGGUAGAGCGCUCUUUUGUACAAAGUACAAGUAUACUUAUAAUUCUUGUAUUUUAUUUUUCUAUAAUUUCCAAAGAGAUGUUGUAGAUCUUGCACACUGUAAGAGGCAGUUACAGCAGAUAUUUAUUUGCAAAUAAAGGUGAACAGUUCUGGUGGUUGACUAUU